AUGAAGAAACCUGAGAUUGAUACCAACACUGUUGUCAAAUCCAUCAAGCAAAGAUUCUCAAGCGUUUUUGAACAAUGUAUUGGUAAAACACCCAACUUUACAUGCUCUUUAAAACUAAAAGAUAAUUCAAGACCUGUGUACUUAAAACCCAGACCAGUACCUCAUGCCCUUCGAGAAGCUGUUGAGAAUGAACUAGAAAAACUCGAAAAGGAAGACAUAAUAGAGAAAGUGGACCAAUCUGAGUGGGGAACACCAAUUGUUGUGAUUCCAAAAGCAAAUGGAUCGGUCCGUAUUUGCGCGGAUUACAAGGUAACUGUGAACCAACAACUACAUGACAGUCGUUAUCCAAUACCAAGAAUAGAGGAUAUCCUUAACAAAAUGAGAAAUGGAAACUAUUUUUGCACUUUAGACAUUUACAAGGCUUAUUUACAUCUUUCAGUGGACUCUGAAAGUUCUAAAAUCCAGACAAUUACCACACAUAAGGGUACAUAUAUAGCCAAAAGACUGUUUUUCGGAAUUAAGACAGCUCCAAAUGAAUUUCAUAAAUUUAUUGACCAAGUUGUACAAAAUCUUGAAGGAACAGUGGCGUAUUUUGAUGAUAUUGUUGUACAAGGCUGCACUUUUGAAGAGUGCAAAUCCAGGCUCAUAAAGGUCUUAGAAAAAUUGGAAGAACACAAUCUACAUGUAAAUGUUGAAAAAUGCAAGUUUUUUGAGAGAAAGGUGCAGUAUCUGGGUCAUAUCAUCAGCAAAGAUGGUAUCCAGAAAUCACCAGAAAAGGUGAGGGCAAUCCAGGAUGCUCCCCGCCCAUCAAAUAUCACAGGAGUGCGUCAAUUCCUUGGACUAGUACAGUACUAUUCAAAGUUCAUCAAAGAUGCAUCUACAGUGCUAAAUCCCUUACACCAGCUUCUAAGGAAAGACAAACGUUUUCAUUGGUCCCAGGAAUGUGAAAAAGCUUUUACUCGUGUUAAAGAAGAGAUAGCAAGUGACACAGUUCUUACUCCAUACAAUCCAGACUUACCCGUGAUACUUGCCACAGAUGCUAGUCCUGUUGGCUUAUCAGCUGUGCUCUCUCAUAAAAUGCCAAAUAAUGAAGAGAAGCCUAUUGUGUUUGCCAGCAGAUCCCUCACUGCUGCAGAGCGCAACUAUAGCCAAUUGGACAGAGAAGCAACUGCUGUAUACUGGGGGUGUAAAAAAAUGUUUGAUUAUAUAUACGGAAGGAAGUUUACUCUUUGCAUUGACAACAAACCACUAAUGACCAUAUUUCAUCCAGACAAGAAACUACCACUGUUGACUUCAUCCAGGAUGCUUAGAUACGCUCAUUUUCUUUCAGGAUUUGAUUAUGAGAUUGUACACAAAAAGUCAAGCGACCACUGUAAUGCAGAUUACCUCUCAAGACAUCCUUUGCCAAUAAAAGAAGAGAAUAUCAAUGUGGUUGACGAAGAUUACACUGUUCGAAGAGAAACAAUACACUGCAUAACAACCGAUACUAUCAUGGCUAAAGACAUAGAAAAAGAAACGUCACUUGAUGAAGAACACUCUUGUUUAAAGGAAAAGCUCCUAAACGGAGAAGUCGCUAACCCAGAAAUAUCACUGCAAGACGGAAUCAUUUUUAGAGGAAAUCGUGUUGUCAUUCCGAAAAAGCUACAACCUAAAAUCCUCCAAGAAUUACACUCAACACACGUAGGAAUAGUGCGGAUGAAGAGUCUGGCAAGAAACUACUGUUACUGGAAAAACAUUGAUACAGAUAUUGAGAGUAUGGUGGCAAGUUGUAAGGCAUGUUGUGAGAAUAAGAAAAACCCAGAGAAGGCCCCUACCCAUGUUUGGGAAAUACCAAAACGCAAUUGGCAGCGAGUCCACAUGGAUUAUGCAGGACCUUUUCUAAAUCACAACUUCUUGAUUGUUGUAGAUGCCAGAUCAAAGUAG